CAGACAUUACUUAGAUUUUAUUGGCUAAAUUAUCCAUUUCCAUACAUCCAAAGUGUUUCUGGUCAUCAAGGUGUUUCUAAAACCACAAAAUUUAUUUUUCAUAAUUUUUAAAAUGCACGUCUCUCUGAGAGGUAACCGUUAUAGAGACGAGCUCUAUAGUUGACUUUUAAUGGAUAUUUCCUCGUAUCAACGUCACAGACUCUUGUAUCACUGUAUUGUAACUUUAUCCAGGUUUGUAGAUUAACCAAACUUAGUGUCCAUUUUCACGGUUGAAACUAGGGUCUGCGACUUUAAAAAUGAAAUGUGUAGUUAUAAAGUGGUCUGUAUUUGCAGGUUAUCUGAUAAACGGUCUUCGGUUCUGUGCCCAGUCUGCCCCUCCUGGCCUGAUUUACGGGUCGAACUGCCCCGGCUUCAGCAACACGUCCACGUGUCCGUGGAACGCAGAGUACUCGUUCUGGGCCAGUGCGUCGAAACAUUUCGCCAACGAAGCCAGCGGUGAAGCAACCGUGAUGAUAAACGCGUCACUGAGUCCAGCAUACCCUAAUAGUUCAUUUUUAGCAAAAUGGGAAGUUCCGCAUAUAAAUCCAUCAAAGCUGUCUAAACUGAACAUCUGGAUGGUUACAAUACCAGGACAAAACACGAAAGAGACGUGUCUCAGCGACUCAAUACUGACUCUUAAAUCUGAGCUGACUCAGAGAAACAUAGCCUGGAACUGUACAGACGAACCGACGGAGGUGCUGUUGUUUUUGUGUCUGGAUCACGAAAGCGAGGAGAUAUGCAAACGACUUUACAGGUCAUCGGCAUCGUCCAAUCAAAUGUCGUUCUCCUUCAUUUUAAUAUCAUUAUUAACUUUACUUACGUAAAAGUAAUUAAAGGGUCGCUGAGAGGCGGACAUCAGAAUCUGAGUUUGCUGCGAGUCUGGUUUUAGUUCUACACAUUUCCUGCCCAUCUGAGAGACGCUGAAAAAAUAAUUUAUGACAGUAAUUUUCAUGAUCAUAUGUGUGUGUCUGUACGUUUGUGCGUGUGUUCAUGCGUGCGAGCUUGAGCUUGUGUGUACACUAACAUGUAUUAUCUGGGCCUAUAUUGUAAUCUUCCACAGCUAUAUAUAUAUAUAUAUAUAUAUAUAUAUAUAUAUAUAUAUAUAUAUAUAUAUAUAUAUAUAUA